GGAAACUGUAGGGGCAGCAGCACGCACAUAGGCACUCUUCUUCUUCGUCGUCUCUUCUCGCUCUCGCUGUACCCGGUAGUUUUUCUCCCACAGUUUUCUGCAUCUGUUAUCAAGGUCCUGCACCAUGUCCAUCGUUAAGAUCCACGCCAGAGAGAUCUUCGACUCUCGUGGAAACCCCACAGUAGAGGUUGACCUUUACACUGACAAGGGCUUGUUUAGGGCCGCUGUACCAAGCGGGGCAUCUACAGGAAUCUAUGAAGCCUUGGAGCUCAGGGACAACGACAAGUCUCGCUACCUUGGGAAAGGAGUCUCACAGGCUGUAGAGCACAUUAAUUCAACCAUUGCUCCUGCACUUGUUGGCCAAGAUGUGUCUGUGGUUGAGCAAGAGAGAAUUGACCAGAUGAUGAUUGACAUGGAUGGCACAGAGAACAAAUCCAAGUUUGGAGCAAACGCCAUCCUAGGUGUGUCUCUGGCUGUUUGCAAAGCUGGUGCAGCAGAGAAAGGAGUCCCCUUGUAUCGCCAUAUUGCUGACCUCGCAGAAAACCCAGAGGUCAUCUUGCCUGUACCGGCCUUCAAUGUGAUCAACGGCGGCUCUCAUGCAGGCAACAAGCUUGCCAUGCAGGAGUUCAUGAUCCUGCCCAUCGGGGCUAGCACAUUCAAAGAAGCCAUGCGCAUUGGAGCCGAGGUUUACCACAAUCUCAAGAGUGUCAUCAAGAAGAAAUAUGGCCAGGAUGCCACUAAUGUGGGUGACGAAGGUGGCUUUGCUCCAAAUAUUCUGGAAAAUCAGGAAGCUCUGGAGUUGCUGAAGGAGGCCAUUGCUAAAGCAGGGUACACAGAUGAGGUUGUGAUUGGCAUGGAUGUGGCAGCAUCUGAAUUCUACAGGGAUGGAAAAUAUGACCUGGACUUCAAGUCGCCUGAUGACCCGAGUCGUUACAUCACACCCGACGAGUUGGCUGAUCUCUACAAGAGCUUCGUGAAGGAUUAUCCAGUGGUGUCCAUUGAGGAUCCAUUUGACCAGGAUGACUGGGCAGCCUGGACCAACUUCACUGGCAGCACAGACAUCCAGGUUGUUGGCGAUGAUCUGACUGUGACUAACCCUAAUCGCAUCAGCAAGGCUGUGGAGGAGAAGGCCUGCAACUGUCUGCUGCUUAAAGUCAAUCAGAUUGGCACAGUUACUGAAUCCAUGAGGGCGUGUAAGAUGGCCCAGCAGAACGGCUGGGGUGUGAUGGUGAGCCAUCGCUCUGGUGAAACUGAAGACACCUUCAUUGCAGAUUUGGUGGUCGGCUUAUGCACUGGACAGAUCAAGACCGGGGCUCCUUGCCGCUCUGAGCGUUUGGCCAAAUACAACCAGAUUCUCAGAAUUGAAGAGGAUUUGGGAGACAAGGCUCUCUUUGCUGGAAAAAACUUCAGAAACCCAGUGAUAGAGUAAAGGAGUGAAGACUUUACAAAUAUGUGCAUGCACACAAAUGCGCAGUAACUUGUUUGCUAAUAAAUGAAAAUGCAUUUCAGCAAUAAGGAUAAAUGUAGAACUCACAUAAAAACCUGCUGUAAUACUGAAUAGAGAACUACCUGAAACUACUUGAACUCUGACUCUACAAUAAAGUUUUCUUCCAUCUCAA